GCUCAUCAUGCCACCUGUUUUUCUAUGGAACUUUCGGCUGAAACGAAGGGCGGUUGACACCGGUAGUGCUCACAGAAGUUCGGCGAUAUUACGAGAUCAGAUCAGAGAGGAAUUGCCGUCAAAAGUUUUAAAAAAAAUGGAUUUCCGUCGUGUUACUUUUGAUUCUUUGUUUUUGUAUGUAUUUAUUACCCAUAUAUUUAUUACUCUUCACGCGAAAGAACAGGUGCUGCUGGAUAUGAAAGCUUCGGGAGGCGAGUUGGGAUGGUUGACCUGGCCAUAUGAAGAAGGGUGGGAGAUAGUCCAGACAGUGGUGAAUGGCUCCCUCCUCUACACUUACAGUGUGUGUAACAUCGACGCGGGUGAGCAGGACAACUGGCUCCGAACCACCUUCAUCCAAGGACGCCCAGGGACCACCCGCGUCUCUGUGGAGCUGCACUUCGUUGUGCGGGACUGCAACACCUUCGACGGCACCUCGCUCGCCUGCAAAGAGACCUUCAACCUGCACAUGUUCGAGGCCGAUGCCGACGUGGGCACCAGCUUCCAUAAGGGCCAGUUCCGCAAAGUGGCCACCAUCGCGUCGGAUGAAAUCACGCGGGGCCGCGGUGUGCUGAAGGUAAACGUGGAGACACGGACAGUGGGCCCUCUAUCCAGGAAGGGCUUCUACUUGGCCUUCCAGGACAUGGGAGCGUGUGUGGCACUGCUCUCUGUGAGGGUGUACUACAAGACUUGUCCGUCCACCGUGCAGAGCCUGGCCGCCUUCCCAGAGACGGUAACAGAUGCCCUGAGGGAGGUGGAGGGAACAUGUGUGCAGAACGCCGUGAGCCAGGCCACCCCACGCAUCUACUGCACCGCUGAGGGAGAGUGGGUGGUGCCCGUGGGACAGUGCCAAUGCCGCGGAGGCUAUGAAGUUGUUGGAGACUCCUGCCAAGCGUGUACGCCAGGCUCCUUUAAAGACUCUGUGUCCAGUGAGUCCUGUGAGGUUUGUCCUGAGAAUACUGAGCCAUCCACAGCCGGCGCCCUCCUGUGUCCAUGUAUGGAGGGAUUCUACCGCUCCCCAUCAGACCCUCUUAUGUCAGCCUGCUCUGCCCCACCCAGCGCCCCUCGUGACCUGGCCUCCACCACUCUGUCAGCGGACGGCAGGCUGCAGCUGUCCUGGAGCCCCCCACUGGUGACAGGAGGCCGCCGGGACAUCUGCUACAGCGUGGUGUGUGAGCGCUGCACCGGGGCCCUGUGUGUGCCCUGUGGGGAGAAGGUCCGCUUCCAGCCCGACCCCACGGACCUCCAGGACACCAUGGUGACUGUUAGCCAGUUGGAGCCCCACCUCAACUACACGUUCACUGUAGAGGCCCGCAGCGGAGUGUCUCAGUACAGCAGCCAGAGACCCAGCAGCACCAUCACCACCGCUCUGCACUUCACUGAUCCCCCCAAGGUGACGUCCAUCCGUCUGGAGGAGCGGAGCCCCACCAGCCUGUCUCUGUCCUGGGCUCUGUCCAGCCGAGCACCAUCCCAUAUCACCCACCGCUACGAACUCAUGUACCGCAGGAAGGAGGACGACAGUGAGCGUGAUGUCACCACAUACACAGUCCUGGUUCUGGACAAGAGUACGGUGCAGAUCAGUGACCUCUCCCCUGACACGGCCUACGUGUUCAGAGUUCAGGCUCUCAGCCCUGAGGGAAACCCAGGGGGAUACAGCAUGAAGCAUGUGUUCAAAACCUUGCCCAUUGCAGAGUCUCAGGUCCAGAACUACACAGGGGUUAUGGGAGCUGUAGUAGGAGGAGGAAUCAUGCUGCUCGUCGUUGUAGUCCUUCUACUGCUGCACAAACGGAGAAAGAACUACCGUCAUAGACAGGGAUCAGAGGACCCCUACUUCUUCAGCACAGAUCAACUGAAGCCCCUGAAGACCUACGUUGAUCCACACAUGUACGAGGACCCCAACACUGCUAUCCUGAAGUUUGCCAGCGAGAUUCAUCCCAGUCUUGUCACUAAGCAAAAAGCCAUCGGAGCAGGAGAGUUUGGGGAAGUGUACCGUGGUGUGAUGAAGGCUCCAAGGAGAGGAGAGGUAGCGGUAGCCAUCAAGACAUUGAAGCCAGGCUACACAGAGAAGCAGAAGCAGGAUUUCCUUAGUGAAGCCAGCAUCAUGGGCCAGUUCUCCCACCAGAACAUCAUCCGCCUGGAGGGAGUCAUCACCAAGUUCAAGCAUGCCAUGAUUGUGACAGAAUACAUGGAGAAUGGAGCGCUUGACAACUAUCUAAAGGACCAUGAUGGGGAGAUUUCCUCGUACCAGCUGGUGGGCAUGCUGCGUGGCAUCGCGGCCGGCAUGAAGUACCUCUCUGACAUGAGCUACGUGCACCGAGACCUGGCUGCCCGCAACGUUCUGGUCAACAGCAACCUGGAGUGCAAGGUGUCUGACUUCGGCCUGUCCCGCGUGCUGGAAGACGAUCCUGAGGGCACCUACACCACCAGCGGAGGGAAGAUCCCCAUCCGCUGGACCGCCCCAGAGGCUAUCGCCUACAGGAAGUUCACCUCGGCCAGCGACGUGUGGAGCUUCGGCAUAGUCAUGUGGGAAGUCAUGGCCUUCGGAGAACGACCCUACUGGGACAUGAGCAACCAUGAGGUGAUGAAGGCCAUUAACGAGGCCUUCCGGCUGCCUGCACCCAUGGACUGUCCAUCCACCGUUUACCAGCUGAUGCUGCAGUGUUGGCUGCAGGACCGCUCCAAACGACCUCGCUUCCCAGACAUCGUCAACAUCCUGGACAAACUGCUCCGGAGCCCAGAAUCUCUGAAAACCAUUGCUUACUUUGAUCCCCGUGUGUCCAUCCGCCUCCCCAGCACCAGUGGCUGUGACGGCUCCCCCUUCAGGUCUGUGCCGGAAUGGCUGGAGUCCAUCAAGAUGAGUCAGUACACUGAGAGCUUUGCCUGCGCUGGAAUCACAACCAUGGAUCAGGUGCUAUCCAUGAGGCAUGAGGACAUCAGGAACAUUGGCGUGCGGUUACCAGGUCACAUGAAGAGAAUCGCCUAUAGCAUCGUUGGACUUAAAGACCAGACCAGCUCACUCAGUGUUUGCAGUACAGUGUUUGCAGUGUGAGACCCCCAAUUUGAGAUUCCCCCAAAAUAGGACUGCACUGACCACCUUAUUCCACUGUCACAUUGAAUGGGGAAAUGGAACAAGUUGGGUUGAACAUGUAGUAAUAAUGGCUGAGCUAUGCUGCUUUAGACUGGUCAGUGGCAUGACUGAAGAGGACCUUGCCUGCCAGCCACUCAGAAAAGACGGGCACGUAAAACCAUACAUGUCAGUCCUCCAUGACAAGAGACCCUGAGAGAUGUGGUUAAAGGAGAAGUAAUGCAUCAUAUAUAAAUAUAUUUUCAUAUUAUCAAGUAUGGAAAUAUGAUGUCAGAUAGGAAACGACAGGCUUUGGAUGAAGCUGUAUGAGACCUGAGACCUUUUUUCUCAACUGGAAGUCUGAAAAACAAGACAUUCUAAGGCACUUCAGGACUGGGUCUACCUCCUCCUCAAGCACUCACCUAUUCCUCUAGUCACUUCUGGACUUAUUCGUUUCAGGAAGAUUUGAGGCUUUGACGUAACAGAUAGAUAGAUGAGAAUGCCAAUCUACUCAAAUGACAGGUUUAUUGGUCUUCUGAAUUAUUCCAGUCAGGUCAAGAAGUCAAAUACUUUUUCUUUCUUUUUGAUUUUGUAGGUUCCAUCCUGUCUGCAAUCCACCUCAUAUACUUUUCUCUCAUACAUUUUGAAAUAGUAUUUUUCUUUAGUUUACAGUUCGUCUCCAUCUACUCUUAGUGGUUCUUCCAUUAUUAUUUAAUAUUUAUUUCAUAUUUAUUGUAUUUUUUAAAUUAAUGACACUACUCUGGCACGUUUUUAGAAAUGUAGUUUUCUGUUUCAAUAAAAUCAUUGUUUCCUUGUAGCAGAAAGGAAACAUAGCAGAAAACAAUAUCAACUACUGUACAUUGUAGUUAUACUAUUUAUUCACUGGAUUCUCAACAUUGCUCACUGUAAUAUCUACUGCUGUACAUAUCAUUCUAGGUAUAUAUAUUUUGUGUAAAUAUGCACAGAUUGCAUUAGGAUUACUAAUACAAUGUCGUUUGGGUUCACUGGAUUCGUUCUGAUAUUUAUGAUUUCUUGUUUCUGAUUAUUAUUUGUGUGCUUGUUUGACUUUUUGCAUUGUUAAGGAGCUAGAAACAAGCAUUUCAGCACAUGAAACAUUUCCAUUUGAUAAAAAAAUACAGGCAAGAAAAAAAUGUUUGAUUGAAAUAAACAUUUUUGGGGGUAUUUCCUUGACAACCACCCUCAAGUUAGCGAUAAGCACAGUCAGCUUCGAUGUCAGUUAGUGACUACCAUUGCAGUCUGGAAUGUUCCAUCUCUACUCUACUGUACUUCAUCACAUAUGUAUCAUCUGUUACUGAGCCCCUGCUAAAUUCUUUCUCGCGCUAUCUCGGGCUCAAUAUUAAUUCCUCUUCAAUUAAUUGUUCACUUGCAAUUUUGAGUAGGACAGUAAUUACAAUGUCUCUAAAUGUAAUAUUGACACAUCUAUACUGAAUAAAAAUAUAAACGCAACAUGUAAUGUGUUAGUUCCAUGAUUCAAAAGCUGAAAUAAGAAACAAAAAGCUUAUUUCUCUCAAUGUGCACAAAUUUGUUUACAUUCCUGUUAGUGAGCAUUUAUCCUUUGUCAAGAUAAUCCAACCACUU